AUGAGUGACGAUGAAGAAAAUCCUGCUGCAGUUUUAGAUAUUGGUUCUGCAAUGGUCAGGGCUGGUUUUGCAGGGGAUGUUGCCCCAAGAUCUAUAUUUCCUAGUCUCAUAGGGAGACCGUCAUUUACCCCAGCGGUGAUGCCGACACAUUGCGACUUGUACAUAGGAGAUGAAGUUUUGGCAGCAAAGGCAUCAUUAUCUAUAACUCAUCCAACAGAACAUGGUAUUGUAACUAACUGGGAUGAUAUGGAAAUUCUUCUAAAUUAUAUUUUUAAUAAAGAAUUGAGAGUUUCACCUUCGGAUCAAGCAGUAUUAAUGACAGAACCUCCUCUAAAUCCCAAAUCUAACGCGACAACCAUGACACAGGUUAUGUUCGAGAAGUAUGACGUACCCAAAUUUUAUAUUUCCAACCCAGGGAUAUUAUCUUCCUUAGCGUCUGGUCGAGGAACCGGAUUGAUGGUAGACUGUGGAGAAGGCCUUGCCCAUGUUAUACCAAUAUAUCAAGGAUUCACUAUUCCUCAUUCAAUACGACGACAGAAUUUGGCUGGAAGAGAUGUAACACACAAUCUUCAAAAGCUCAUUCUAAAAAGAGGGCAUACUCUUACCACGGAUAGUGAAUUUGAGAUAGUUCGAGAUAUAAAAGAACAAUGUUGCCAUGUGGCAUUAGAUUAUGAACAGGAGAUAAAUGAUCCAUACUUACCUAUAAAUAAUAAAAAUUAUGAACUACCUGAUGGAACCAAACUAACCCUUGACAGCGAGAAUAUUGCGGGUCCUGAGAUUUUAUUCCAACCAGAAUUAUACGGUCGAGAGGAGAAAGGUCUACAUAAACUUGUAUAUGAAACAUUGAUGGACUGUGAUAUUGAUAUGAGGAGAGAUUUUUAUUGUAAUAUUAUUAUAUCUGGUGGAACCACAAUGUUACCAGGUUUUACCGAAAGACUACAAAAGGAAUUACAAAAAUUAAUACCAAGUCGUAUGAUUUGUAAAGUAGUAAGCAAUCCUGAAAGAAAACACUCAGUUUGGAUUGGAGGGUCUCUAUUAGCGUCAUUAAGUACAUUUAGUGAGAAGUGGAUAACCAAAGAAGAAUAUUGGGAAUGCGGACCAGAUAUAAUUCACAGGAGAACAUUCUUAUGAUAUGUAUUUUAUCAGAAUGGAAUAAAAUGUCCCAACUAGGCAUAUUUUUAGCCCACCACUGCUAUUUGUCCAUCAGCUGUUGACCAAAUGAUAUUUUUUUGGAAACAUAAAUAAGCCUUAAUAAUGUGCAAGUCCGUUACGUUCUGUUAACAUAUACUCUGAUAAAAAUGAAAAUCCUGCAUAAUAAUUAAACAGACACACUAAACUGUAGAUAGGCUACAAAUAUUUCGUUAUGGCUAUUGUGCAUGACCGAUUGAAUAAUAUUUAUUUUUCUACGUUUGUUAUAUUUGGAUAUAUUUAUUAAAAUUCUUAUCUAGUAUUUUC